UUUUAAGAAAAGUGAGAUUGUGAGAAAGAAAUAUUAAGUUUGAUGCACUCUUGCGCGCGUUGCUAUAAAAAAAAAAAAAAUUAUCAAGCACUAAUUUGCAUAUAUGUCAAGACUCGGGGACCGGCUAUCUAAUACACAAGGAUAAUAUAUCCAAAUAAACUUAAUGUAGAUGCUUCUCGAACCAUAUCAUCUCUUUUUUCAAUAUAAAGAUAGACUGACGCUCAAAGUGUGUGAGCAGCGAACGCACUCUAUAUUUAAUGAGGAAUUAUGAUAAAUAGCUUCAAAGUAUUUGUAACGCAACUCAAGUUCUAUUCUUCAUUUCAUGCACUGUGACAACACACACGUACAUAUACGCUCUCCAAUACACCCAUGCACGUACGCACUAUUGACCUUUUACCACGCACACAUUUUGAAUGUCUUAUCAGUUUCUAUGUGUGUACAGUAAAAAUGAUGCACAGUAAAAACAAGACACUAUAGAAGAAAAUUGACUAAUUCGUGCGCGAUGAUCGCGAGCAAUUUACUUCGAAAACUUACGCAUCUUCAACGCGUUCUAUUGCAGAUUAAAAAAUACGGUACUGCGGUAGACAAGCCACAAUUUCUGGGAAUCAACAGUAUUUUCACCAAUGAUAUUCAAUUUGUCAACAAGGACAAUUAUGGAUCCAUUCCGAUAUAUAGGAUUUUCGAAUCUUCAGGAAAUGUUAAAUUGCCCGAUGACAAAAAGCUUGACAAUGCGUAUCUACUGAACAUGUAUCGCGAUAUGGUUACUAUAAGCAUAAUGGACAAGAUCAUGUACGAAUCGCACAGGCAAGGCCGCAUUUCAUUUUACAUGACAAAUACAGGCGAAGAGGCUGUGCAGAUCGGUUCUGCCGCAGCUUUAACGCCAGAAGACACGGUUUACGCGCAGUAUCGCGAAACCGGUGUGUUAUUGCACCGUGGAUAUCCUUUAAUAAAGUUUAUGAAUCAAUGCUACGGCAACUGCGAGGACGACGGUAAAGGCAGACAAAUGCCGGUACACUAUGGCUCCAAAGAAUUUAAUUUUGUAACUAUAUCAUCCCCAUUAACGACUCAAUUGCCACAAGCUGUGGGGGCUGCCUACGCCUUAAAAUUGGACAAAAAAGACGCGUGUGUAGCUUGUUAUUUCGGCGAAGGUGCGGCGAGCGAAGGUGAUGCUCACGCGGCGUUUAAUUUCGCAGCUACUCUAUCAUGUCCUGUCAUUUUUUUCUGUCGAAACAACGGAUAUGCUAUCUCGACAUCGGCUGUCGAACAGUUUAAAGGGGAUGGUAUUGCAGCAAAAGGACCGGCUUAUGGAAUUGAUACGAUUAGAGUAGACGGUAAUGACGUACUCGCGAUGUACUACGCAACAAAAAGUGCCAGAGAUUUUUGCAUAAAGCAACAGAAGCCUGUUUUAAUAGAAGCCAUGACUUAUAGACUCGGGCAUCACAGUACGUCGGAUGAUUCUACGGUUUAUCGAUCAACCGAAGAAAUCGCUCAAUGGAGCACUUAUGCGCCACUCGCAAGGUUCCGCGAUUACUUAGAGUCUCUUGGCGUAUGGUGUCAAGAGAGAGAACAAGAGUUAUUAAAUUCUACUAGAAAGGAGAUUCUUCGUGUUCUUGCGGAGGCAGAAAAGAAAUUAAAACCACACUGGAAGGAAUUAUUUACAGACGUCUACAAAGAAAUUCCUGAUCACGUUAGGUAUUUAAACUUGAAAAUACUGAAAUUACAAAAUUGGCAUCGCUUUCAAUCAUUUCGAUAUAAUUUUACACAUUGCAGGAAACAAGUAAAUUUAAUGGAAAAACAUUUAGAAGAAUUCAGAGAACAUUAUCCAUUAGAUUCAUUUAUCCACAAAAAGUGAGGAGAAAAAUUUAUCUACCGGAAAUAUAAAAUUUUAUGCGUCUAUUUUGUUUUUCACUAAUAAAAUUGUUAACAAA